AUGGGUUUCUUCGGGAGCUCCAGGAAGAAAGCACGCGACCCAUUCCAAGCUGCAGUUGAACAGCAUCAAAGAGGAGCUUCUUCUGCCAGGCUCAGGGGACGACAAUCCGGAUCUGCUCGUCAUGACGUGCCAUUUGCAUGGUGUGAUAGCGACAACGUUCAUCCCUAUGGACAGCCCGGCUUUGGUUUCUACAGUGGCGAGAAUCUUGCUGCUGGCACGUCACUGCGAACAGAACCGAAGAGACCGAGGAGCGUCGACGAAGACUUCAGAGAUAUGGGACCGAGAUACCCGAUUGAUUCUUGGGGCGCGGGUCUUCCAUUCUCAACAUAUCAGAGUUAUCCAAGACCAAGCUCUAAGAACAUAUACGCAAGGGACAUUCCAUACCUCGAACUUGGUCCCAGAGCGCAAAUAGGACCCAGAGACUUGCCCUAUACUGGUUCCGAGGAGCUCCGCCCCUACCUUGGCGGUGGCGGUCGCAACGAAUUUGCACAACCUGAACCUACGAGUAUGGCUCCUCUUGGCAGAUUGUUACCAUGCGAUGGCGACCUAUUCUCGCCACGACGCACACCGUUAGACCUCUCGGCCUCUGCUGAAAGACCAAUCUUCGACCACUUUCCACAGUUCAGAAGAUCGCCCACGCCAAAUCGAUAUCCUAUUCCGAACUUCAAUGCUAAUCUGCCGCUGAAUGGCUCCCAAGCCUGGGACUCAUAUGCUGAUCGCGUAGCGGACCCGAUUUCCGGCGCCUGGACGAAUAGUUGGCCAUCUCAUCCGCCUGGGAGCUACGAACGUCUACGACCUCCCCACUUACAACCGGGAAAUAGUGGAGGAGGAGGUACCCGCAGCAGUAGCUCCAACAUUGGGCAGGUGUCAUGA